ACACAAUUUAUUGCAUCACAUCUUCAGAAGAUAACAGCCUGUUGUUUUUGCAAGCUUUCACAGCAUGGCUGUUUUGUAAACAGUGCUAUGACAGCAAUGAUAGUUUGAUACCAGUUAAGUGCAAAAAGCGGAAUCUGACGUCUACAGCGAGAGGAUGUGUAGUGCAGUAUAUUAAUACGGUUUGCCGUUUAUUGUCGGUCAGUGAAUUUGGUGUUUGUAACAUAAAUGUUGCAGGUACCAUAUCCAUGGCGCGCUCGAGACAUGAUAGUACUGGGUCCACGCCUGUGGAACAGUACCGUAAGCAGAUAGCAAGACAAGACUCCAAAAAGAGCAAGGAGAUAAUGAGAGAGACAAAGCACAGGGCAGAAAAGAAGGAAAAUGCUCCUGCACAGUAUAAGGAGGUGAGCAUCAUGGUUGGAGCUAUGUUGGCACUAUGUGUCUGUGUAUAUUGCAUUUUUUAUGCUUUGCUUGCUGAUCGUUCACAUUAAGAACAAUAGUACUACACCGCACUGUUUGCUUAGUCUAAAAAAUGAUUGAUUCCUUGCUUUUAUACUUUAAGAAUAACAAGUUUACAUUUAUAAGACUAAAGUCUCCAAUUACACAGGUGUUAAGUAUCAAAUGAGUGUUUUUAUGACACCAUGACAUAUUGAAAUAACGGAAAAUAACAUGACAUCUAUGAUCUCGUUUGGUAUUUUCUGUAUAAAUACUUCAUAAAAUAUUUGUUAUUUGGAUUUUCUUAUAGUGGAAUUAAGUACUGUAAUUUGUUGGGAAAGAGACUGAUUAUAUAUUACCAUAAGGAUGCCACAGUAGUGUAAAAGAUUUUGUAAUGUGGUUUUAUAUAAGACUGUACUGUGGUGUUUCAAAUUUUGCUGAUGGCAUCAAUCCCUAUUUUCUGUAAAAUUUUACAAAGUCAAAUAAACCUCCUCAGG